AUGCUGAUGAAACCGGUGGCCGGAAACCUAUACCAGCUCAAAUGCACGCUGGGCAUUGACUUGGGUUAUCUGAUCGACUCGACAUGUACGUCGAUGCUACAGGCCCUUGACUACCUCGCUACAAACGAUUUGGUACAUCGUGAACUUAGGCCUGAGAACAUUGUAUACGAGGAGAAUGGCCACGGAGAUGUUGUAUUAAAACUGGCAAAUUUCGGGUUGCGCAUCAACACAAGCAUGGAUACCUCAGCCUCGGUUAUAGAUCCAUUCCAAGCCCCCGAAAUUAUCUAUGGAAGAAGACCGACACACGCUGCUGAUAUGUGGUCGCUCUUUGCUACACUGAGCGACGUGGCUAACUUAUACAAUCCGAAAGCUUAUUCCGAAUACAAUGAAGCCUGGAGAUCCUUACUUACCAUUGCUACGACAUGUCCAGAGCACGGAGAAUUGGACUUGAGAUGCCUACGAGAAUCCAUAAUCUGGGAUAAAAGGUAUCGCGCAACUGCCGCGCAGAUGCUGAUCACGCUCUAUGGAGGCGCUGGGAUUUCUACACAGGGUGAAAUACCCAUGAUGAUGUCAUGGGACACAUGGAUAGCGGAAGCUGGUGGAAAUUUGGCAGUCGAAGAUUUGUUUGGUGGAACAGCAGUUGCACUGAGCUGCCUCAAUAGUGAUGCUCAGGCCAUGCCAUUGAAUGGCAGACGGCCAUCAAAUUCUCAGACUACUUUGCGCGGAGCACCUCAACCAUCAUCCGAACAUCAAUCUGGUAAGAGCGGGUCACUUAACAGUACGAUGCGGCUGCCUGACGAUAUUGUUGAUAUAUUUACGGCGGGUGCUCUCGUUGACUUGGACGAUUGCGAGGACAUUACUUCAGGUCCAAAUAUACGAGAGGACGUUGAGACGGAACUGAGGCGAACCGUCGAAUCAGAGUCAAGAUUCUUGCUCGAACCGGAAAUCAGGGACAAAAUUGAGGCUGAGAUGAGGCAAUCGGUAGAGAAGCAAGUGAAUCAGGUCACUGAACCCCCAAUAAGGAACACAGAUCAGCCAGAGAUAGCAGAGGAAAUGAAGGUGCAACUGAGAAAAUCGAUCGAGGAUGAGUUAAGGCCACGCAUUGAAGCAGACGUGCGAGAAUCCCUUGAGUCCCACAUCACCAAGUCCGUGGAAGUCCGGGUAAGGGAAGAGCUUCAAUCUGGUGUCAAAAGAGAAAACCGAGAUCAGGAGGCUGUUGAGAUGCAGCUGAGGCAAGCCAAUGAGGCGAGAAUAGCAGCUGAGGCACAGUUGAAGACUGCCAUUGUUGCAAGAGAUGCCGCUGAGAGACAAUGCCGAGAAGCUAUUGAAGCAGAGAAGGAACAGUAUAGGGAAGCCAAAGAUGCCAACACAGCAAGGUCAAAAGCAGCGGCUGAGAGAGUAGUGGCGAUCGAAGCACAGUUGAGAGAAGCCCUCGAGGUCAGAGAUGCCACUUCAGCACAGAAAGCAGCGGCAUUGAAAGCCCGAGAUGCCAGUUUGCUGCAGGUAGAGGAGGCUAUCGAUGCCAGAGAUGCCAGUAGGGCCCAAAUCAAGGACUUGCUAGAAGCCAAGAAGAUCAUGGAUUCGCGGCUCAAAGAGACUGCCGAGGCGAAGCGGGUCAUCGAGGAACAGGCGAGGAAGGCCCUCAAUGAUAAAGAUAUUAUAAAGGCGCACUGGAAGAAGGCCAUGAAGGAGAGGGACUCGUUCAAAGCACAAGCGCAGGAUUUGGCGGCGGCGAGGGAAGGGAGGGCGUCUAAACCGCAGAAUAUGGUGCCGCAGGCCGCAUCCUGGAUCGGAGACCCGCAACAACAUUUCGUCGACUACUCAUUGAACCCAUUGAUGCAGGAACGCUUGCGGCUUUUCUCUGGUUCAGGGGAUCCGAGUGACAAGGAGAAGAGAAACUUGUUCGCCCCAAGGGUGCCGAAUGCCCCUUUCGAGCAACAGCGCAAAGUAUUUGUUGGUAGUGCCGAUCCAGCGAUCGGCGAGUGGCGGAAGCGGUUUGAGAAUCCGUGGAUGACUAGUCCUUCGAAGAAACGGCGGAAAGCUUUCUGA